AUGUCUGAGGAGCUACCAAAGAGGAUUUUUAAUGAGGGCGACGAGCCCCAAGUGACUCAGAUCAAUAACAACUGCAGGAUCGACUACAUUAUCAAGAAGUUCGAGAAGUGGAUGCCAAAGGAGUUUGCUGAUGUGAAGAAAGAUCCGGUUUCUCUCAGGGAGCUUCUGACUUACAUGAUGCACGAGCUGUGGUUUGUUUUCGCUCGAAGGCCACAUCGAUUUUCACUCCAAGAGUUCCACGCAGUGACCGGGUUUGAGUGCAGGACUAGUCUUUCACUUAAGAUUGACUUAGAAGACUAUGCAUAUGACGGUGGUUUCUGGAGCAAGGUCUUGAAGAGGAAAGAUGAAUCCAUUACACUCUUCAACCUGUGGAAUAAGGACAAGGCAGCUGUGAUGAAGUGGAAGAAUGCAGAUCGCAUUAGACUGAUCUACUUGGCCAUCAUUCUCUGUGUGGUUUUGGCGAGAGAUGAGAAGGCCAAUAUCCCCCUCAAAUACAUCACACUGGUCAUGGAUCUGGAGAAGUUUCGGAAAGUAUCCUUGGGAGUUGCGGCUUACGACCUUCUCUGCAGUUCGAUAGCCAAAAACCGUCACAAACUGAAGGAGAAGACAACAAGUUAUGUGUUAGAUGGAUUCUCAUACGCCUUGCAGAUUUGGGCUAUGGAAGCUGUACCAAAGAUUGGGAAGCUUUGUGGAAAGAAACUGGACAAAAGCUUUGCUAAUGGUCCUAGAUGCAUCAACUGGAGGGGGAGCUGCAAAGCAGAGGAUGUCAGCUAUCCAUACAUCUCAUGGGCAGGGAAUAUGGUUGUAAUCCGAAGUCAGGAAUUUAGCAGAGAUGAUGAUGUCGAGGAUGACAGGGUCAAUGUUGUGAUGGAGUUGAUACGGGCUAAGCAUGACUUCACACCAGCGAAUGUUGAAGCAGCUGAGAGUGAGGAAGAGUUCGAGACUCCACAAGGAUCAAAUAACGUAAGCUCUACAUCAAGAAGGGGUAAGAAGAGGGUCCCUGAUCGUGGUAUGGAAAAAAGGAAGCAUAAGGUUCUCUCUAGUGCACCAAAGCAAGCGCCUUUUAACGAAGACAUGAAGGCUUUCGUGACACAGUUGUUUGAAGAAAAUGGAAAAGAGGCUACAGAAACAGAUGUCCGAGACAUUUGA